GCCGUGGCGCCAUCUAGCGGUGAGGCGGCGGACUGCUUCGGCCGGUGGAACCGCGCGAACGGAAAGGAUGGGUCUGCUGUUUCAAGAAGGAGCAAGUGGUGAAGAUAUCUAUUGGAUGUGUGUAAAAUGUGUGAAGCAGGAGUGAUCAACAAGGCCCAGCAUGGUAAGACCAAAAUGGAUGCUGAGGAAUCAAAUCCCUUAAAGGCUCAGGUCAUCAAAUACGAAAAACAGUUGAGAGAAGAUGCCAAAACAAUGCACCGCAUUAUGCAGGAGCUUAUGGAACGCAGCUCCUCACUGCUCGUCGAUCGUGAAGACCUUGACAUGGAUCCGGCAGAAUGUGCUCAAGUAGUCGCUGAGAUUGAUGAACUGGACAAGAAGAGAAGAGAAAUAGACAUGAGGACAGACCGCAUUACGAACAAAAUACUUGCUCUUUUAAUUUCCGUUUCAAAAGAUAAAAGAAAAGAUGAUGCAGAAUUUUUGGAAUUAGUAGAUCAGUUUGCGAAAAUUUCUGAGCAGCAGAGAGAAGAAAACCAAGUUAUGGACCACUUUAUGCAAGAAAUGUCAGCUCACUGUUGCUCACAUUUGGCCUUAGUUUUUGAGUUUUUACUUGAAGAAUAGUGAUAAGACAAUGAUGGAAACAUGGAAUGUCAGCAUCUUCUCAUCAUUGUGUGGAUAUGACCACUUCAAUUUGAACGAUAUGACUCGUUACCAUAAAUGUUUAAUUGCAACUGCAAAGACUGAUUUCUUUAUGUUUGUUAAUGUGGAUUUGUAUUUAGUUUUAAUGUGAAUGCGUGUAUUGUCCGACAUGCAUUGUUUGUACCUUAGCUGCUCCAGGCCUCAAUUCAAGGGGAGCCAAUGUAUAUUAUUGUAAUGGAGGAAGUCAAAAUAUCAUUUUACAAUUGUUUUUAUUGUGGUGUGAACUUUGUUCAAAUUGUAAGUAUUUUUAAUGUGAAUGGACAAAUAAUGACGUUAAAAUUGUAAAACAUGA